AAAGAUUGCUGCUGUGUGUGCUCUCGUAGCGUGUUUGUGGGCAGUUUCAAGGAUUUUGUGCAGUUUGUGUAGAACUUGCUGCGACGUCUGUUCCAAAAAGCGUGUGGGUGGCAGGAGCCGCCUCACUGACACUUUUUUAAAAAUAAUUUUCGGCUGAACUUUUCCCGGAUGACGUAUAGGUUCGAUAUAUGCAAAUUGUACGGGUCACACUGACAUAAAAAAACAGGUACAGAUCACAUAUGACCAAAAAGAUGGUAAUUGACCUGCAGUGUGAACGUAGCCAAAGACAAAAAGCAACCCUGAUUUCCACACUGGCUGCAUGACACAGCAACAAGUGGAUUCUGGAACGGGCUGUGGUGUGUGUGUGUAACGCCUCCCUCCCACAUACUGCGCCACACAUUUUGACCAAUCACGUGCAGCUUCUACAGAAAAACAGCCUCCCCCCACAGUGACUCGACAGCAGCCAUGAGCUUUUUUGGAUUUGGCCAAAGUGCGGACAUCGAUGUAGUUCUUAACGAUGCAGAAACGAGGAAGAAAGCGGAGCAUAAAAGCGAGGAUGGCAAGAAGGAGAAAUAUUUUCUCUUCUACGACGGGGAAACGGUGUCGGGGAAGGUCAACGUGACGCUCAAGUACCCGGGAAAGAGGCUGGAGCACAACGGAAUAAAGAUAGAGGUUAUCGGCCAGAUAGAGCUCUACUACGACAGGGGAAACCACCAUGAAUUUGUGUCUCUGGCGAAAGACCUCGCUCGGCCGGGGGAGCUCACGCAGUCGCAGACGUUCGACUUUGAGUUCACGCACGUGGAAAAACCGUACGAGUCUUACACCGGCCAGAACGUCAAAUUACGGUACUUCCUGAGAGCCACCGUGAGCCGCAGACUGAGCGACAUCAGCAGAGAGAUGGAGAUCGUGGUCCACACGCUCAGCACCUACCCCGAUAUCAACUCCUCCAUCAAGAUGGAAGUGGGGAUCGAGGAUUGUCUCCACAUAGAGUUUGAGUACAACAAGUCCAAGUAUCACCUAAAAGAUGUGAUUGUUGGAAAGAUUUACUUUUUGCUGGUGAGGAUUAAACUCAAACACAUGGAGAUUGACAUCAUCAAGCGGGAAACAACCGGCACUGGGCCCAACGUCUACCACGAGAGCGAUACCAUAGCCAAGUAUGAAAUCAUGGACGGCGCACCAGUCAGAGGAGAGUCCAUCCCCAUCAGGCUUUUCCUAGCCGGCUAUGAGAUGACACCCACCAUGAGGGACAUAAACAAGAAGUUCUCAGUGCGCUACUACCUCAACUUGGUGCUCAUUGAUGAGGAGGAGAGACGCUACUUCAAACAGCAGGAGAUCACGCUGUGGAGGAAAUGUGACGUUGUGAGGAAGAGUAUGUCUCAUCAAGCGGUCAUCGCCUCCCAACGCUUCGAAGGCUCCUCCAAACCAGACCACAACCACGGCGAUGCGGGGGACUGCUAAAUCCGAAAGUUGUGAAUAUGAGAACCAUUUGCGUGCGUCGAGAGAGAAUGUGCGACACUUAUUUAGUGCGCGUGCCUGUGUGUGUGUGUGUGUGUGUGUGUGCGUGUGCGUGCCUGUGUGUGUGUGUGUGUGUGCGUGUGCGUGUGAGCUCAACAUUUACUAGCCUGGUCCCAGCUCAGAUUUCUACAAAUAUUUACUGAAUCGUUUGCUUUUCGUUCCAGAGAAAAUGAAACGAGCUUGGAGUGAUUGUGCUGAAGAUGCUCAAAGUAUUUUCAUCCAUUCCACCACAAAUGACAUGUUGCCACACGCUAUUAGGGACACUUGGGGGGGAAAUCAGGGAAUUUACCAGAAAAAUAGUCCUAAAUAUACGGGGGGGAAAGUCGUAAUGUUACCUUUGCCAAAGGUCACAUAAGACCCCCCCUUUUCAUAGCUGUCUCAGGCAAUGCCUGUUACGACGGAGUGUUAAAAUAAUCUGAGAUUUCGAGAAUAAAAUCGUAAAUUUACGAGAAUAAAGUCGUAGAAUCACGGAAAAAAAUUCAUAAUGUUACCUUUGCCUGAUGCCAAAGGUCACAUAAGACCCCCCCUUUUCAUAGCUGUCUCAGGCAAUGCCUGUUACGACGGAGUGUUAAAAUAAUUUGAGAUUUCGAGAAUAAAGUGGUAAAUUUACGAGAGAAAAAGUCGUAAAUUUAUGGGAAAAAAGUCGUAAUAUUACCUUUGCCCAAGGCCAAAGGUCACAUAUGUUCCCUCUUUUUUUAUAGCUGUCUCAGGCAAUGCCUGUUACGACGGAGUGUUAAAAUAAUCUGAGAUUUCGAGAAUAAAAUCGUAAAUUUACGAGAAUAAAGUCGUAGAAUCACGGAAAAAAAUUCGUAAUGUUACCUUUGCCUGAUGCCAAAGGUGACAUAUGUUCCCUCUUUUUCAUAGCUGUCUCAGGCAAUGCCUGUUACAACAGAGUGUUAAAAUAAUUUGAGAUUUCGAGAAUAAAAUCUGAGAAUUUACGAGAAAAAGAAUCGUAAAAUUUACGGGAACAAAGAUACCCCCCUUUUCAUAGCUGUCUCAGGCAAUGCCUGUUAGAACAGAGUAUAAAAAUAGUUUGAGAUUUUGAGAAUAAAAUUGUAAAUUUAUGAGAAUAAAGUCGUAGAUUCACGGGAAAAAAGUCGUAAUAUUACCUUUGUCCGAGGCCAAAGGUCACAUAAGACCCCCUUUUUCAUAGCUGUCUCAGGCAAAGCCUGUUACAACAGAGUAUAAAAAUAAUUAGAGAUUUCGAGAAUAAAAUUAUAAAUGUACAAGAAUAAAGUCGUAGAUUCACGGGAAAAAGUCGCAAUAUUACUUUUCACACAAGUCCCCCCUUUUCAUAGCUGUCUCAGGCAAUGCCUGUUAGGACGGAGUGUUAAAAUAAUCUGAGUAUUUUAAGAAUGAAGUCGUAAAUUUACGUGAAAAAUUGUAAAUUUAUGUUGCAGGCAUUGUCUGAGACAGCUACGAAAAGGGGGGACUUAAUGUGACCUUUGGUCCUGGGGGUUUGGAGGGGCCGGGUUAAGGAAGGCGGAAGUGAGAUGGGCUAGCUGUGCUCAUCUAAAUGCUAAAUAUCUCAGCUGCUGUGUUUUGCUGCCACGUUAUAAAUAAAAGCUUGCCUGAAGCAAGAGGAGGAGCGGUGCUCCGUGUGCCCUCUGACACGUGUGACACGUUACCACUUCAUUCUCGUAAAUGUACCACUUUAUUCUCGAAAUCUCCGAUUGUUCUUUUUUUCGAUGUGGCCCUAAUAGUCCAUGGUAACGUGCACAGAGAUGCUCCAAAACACUGGGCACCCCUGUGCCUCUCUCGGAACAUCGGAGCAAUGACAAAUGCUCCAGUAUUCACAUUAUUUCUUUUGUUUGCAACACAAAACAACCUCCCCCCAAAAAAGCCAAAUCUGAUCACUCCACGCGACUUCAAAAAUGGGCUGGACAAGAUGAUUGGCGUCUUAUCAAAACUGUAAGAAACCUGAGAGACCUGCAGCAAUUUGCAGAAGAAGAGCACAGAGGUGCAAGAAAGACGCGAUUGGGUUCAGUUGUUUUUUCCCAAAGGGUGUUUGUUGAGCGCGUCGGCCAUCAUCAUCAUCUGGCACAAACACAGGGGGUGCCCAUGUUUUGGGCCAUGACCGUAACAAUAGGAGACAUUUUGAAUGCAUUGCCCAGGGUAGCCAGGUGUUGUCACGGCCUGCUCGGACGACGUAGCGCCGGAAGGACGGCGAACUAACCAGCGGAAAGCAGAUUCACUGACAAAAGCUUUCUGCAACAAAUGUGUUUUGCGAUGCUGGUCGACUUCCGAGUUGUCAUUUCAGAUUUUCCUCAUAGGAAAUACGUGAAUAAUUCCUUCCCGGCUCAAACUCUCCAUUACGAAACCUUAAUUUAUUGUACUGAAAGGCUGGCAAAUACUCAUUUUCGGUAUUGAUCCGAUACCAAGUAAAUACAGGGCCAGUACUGCCGAUACCGAUACCGAUGCUGAUGUUUUUACUUUACAUUCUUCAAGAUGGUUGAAUGAUAUAUUUUGUUGAUCGUGUUUAUAAUCUGAUUGAAUUGACUAAAACAAUACAUAAAUACAACAAUACAAGACAAUGUAACAAUUAUGGGAUGGAUCCUCCCGACCCAUCAUUGAGGUGGGCACCUUUUAAAGGGCCGUUGGUUGUCGUCUCUUGGGUGCUACCUCGAGUUGACUUUGCAUCGUGCCUCAUGAUUGGCUGCCACACGUGUUUUGGGGUCAUGUCAUGUCACCCUCUCUGGACGCUCCUUGGUUUGUUUUCCGGACACGCUUCAUCAAAUCAAAAAAGUGCUUUUCCUAUUUGGACGAGAAGCACAGCAGUGUGUACCAUUUCGUUUUGGGUCCUACUCAAGUUCCUGAUAUUUGUAUGUUUUACACGAGUGUGUGACUGACAUGUGGUUGACUGUGUGAUACAGUAUUUGCCCUGGUGCAGACAAAAGCCUGGCUAAUAGAUAAAUAUAUCUUGAAAAAAUUCAUUUCGUAUCAUAUACACUGUAAAAAAGGUCCAAACUUUUUCCAGCGAGGGUCCCAUACAUCAAAGUUGAAGGACAAGGACGCCGCUUUGAUACAUUUUGUACAUUAAAGAUGGCCACCUUAUCUUUGCGUUGUACGUGACAAAGCAAGUUAGCGCGAUGACUAACAAUUUAUCUCAUUAAUAAUCCAUCCAUUUCAUUGUUACGGUGUACCCAGGGCCAAUAAAAAAUGAGCUGUGGGUCGAAAAUGCUCCAAGGGCGGCACUUUGGACACGCCUGCUAUCAAUGAACAAUGUAAAUGCUGCCCAUUUGUGUUGUUUUCAUGUGAUGACAAGUUACUUAUGUGUGUCUCAAGGAUGAAAUAAUUUUCUAUUCCGGUGUACUUUGAAUAAAAAAGGAGUAACGGAAAACAUUUCUUUGUUAAUUACAUGACAGCGUGUGCUGUGGCGCUGUGAUGACAGUACUGGGUGUCCCUGGAUAUACAGUAGAAUGAACACAUACAGUAGGCAAAAAAAGAUCAAAUAAAUAAUUUAUUUUUAGAUUUUAUUUUUUUAAAGAAAAAAAUACAGUGAAUCACUUAAGUAUUACAAAGUACAAUGUUCCCUAGCUCUAUCGCGGUUCACAUUUCAUGGAUUCGCUGUUUUAUGAACAUUUUAUGAACGCAGUUACAGGCCGAGGCUGGCCCUUUAAGAACAAUUUCAUUGUGGGAACUUGCGUCUCCCUCACUCCCUGUCUGCACCGCCCAUUGUUUUCUGUGUCCUGAUUGGCUGUAGACCAUUGUCAAUCAGUCUACUUUAUGCCGCCCUGCCGUGUCUGCCAUAGACAUAGACGCCGCACCGAGCACUGACAUGUACGUCAACGUCGCCGCCAUAUUGGAUGUGUCAAGGCUGCGCUGUAAAUGAAUAUAAGUAAAUGUACUUACUUUCAUAAAGCGCCUUUCUACAAAGAAAUUUACGUUAAUUCCUCUCGUUCAUUCAUUCACACACUCGAUAGGGCGUCUAUGUCUAAGGUGUGUCCUGUGUCAUCGCUAGCUUGCUUUCUAUCUUGUAAAUUGAUCUUUGGUUCAAAGGAGGCGGAAGACUGUUAUUGUCUGAGAAAAGUGUAUAAAGUGUAUGGUGAGAGGUUUUACAGCCUUGAAACAUAAUAAUUGUGAAAAAAAGAGGUCCAAAUUCUAAAGUUGUUAUUAAAUCAGAGUAAUGCAGGGGGUAACUUUGGAUAUUUUCAGUGCUUCAACCGAGGUUUUUAUCGUCUUGAAUGAUUUGUUGUUUCAAAAAUGGUUAAAAACGCUGAAAAAGUUACAUUCAGUACAUCACAGGUAUACCAAUUCGUCUCCGCUGUGUUAAGCAGCUGUCACCACCAGAGGGCAGGCUUAUGUCAGCUUUCUUUGUGUUGACGAUGACGCGCGUAUAACAUUAGAAUCACAGUAGUUGUGAACCAUUUUUUUAGAAUGCAGGUUUUGAUCUUAAAUUUCCAAGAUUGUGACGGCAUUGUGUGCGACAAAGAGGAUAAUACGGAACUUUGGAUGAUCAUGACUCAACCCGGCACACGCCUUAACUUCCUGCUCUUCCACGGACUCCCACGUCUGUCAUGUGACUGAAAGAGUUGGACCCUCUUCAGUCCAGUCAUCGAUCAAUGAAUGUGAUUUAAAUCAAGUUGGAAAACAAAAGAUCGAUUAUAUUGUCAUUUGUUGAAUCUAAAUAACGUUUUCAAUCAUGCUUUCGGAGCAGAUACUACACCAAAGGGGUUAAGGGAGUAAUUUUGUUGGUAUUGUUAUGGUCUUAUAUUGUUUUAUUUAUAUUAUAUUUUAUUUUGGCAUGUGUUUUAUUCUGAUUAUAAUCAUGAUCAACAAAAUCAUUUAUUCAUCUUGAAAAAUGUCAAGUAGCUAUUUGCAGUAUUCCCCACCCUGACGUAGGUAAAAUGUCGUCAGACUUUAAGUUAAGUAGUUAAUGCUAAAUUAUUGAACACUGGACUGAUUUAAUGCCAUGACGGCGUAUUAGGGCCACAUUGAAAACAAUAAUAAUUUGAUAUUUGACAAUAAAGCAGGACAUUUACGGAAAAAAAAAGUCACAGUAUUACCUUUGCCCAAGAAAAAACACUUUUUCAUAGCAGUCUCAGGCAAUUCCUGUUACAACGGAGCAUUAAUAUAAUUUUGAGAUUUUGAGAAGUCGUAAAUUUACGAUAAUAAAGUUGCAAAUUUAUGAGGAAAAAAACUCAGAAUAUCUCGAGAAUAAAGUUGUAAAUUUACAAGAAAAAAUGUGUAACUUUUGGGACUUGCAGUAUGUGACCUUUGGCCUUGGGAAUGUGGAGGGGGCGGGGUCAGGAUGGCGGAAGUGAGAAGGGCUAGACACGCUAAUGUGUUUGUGCUCAGCUGCUCUGUUUUGCUGCCACGUUAUAAAUAAAAGCUUGCCUGAAGCAAAAGGAGAGUUUCCUUCCUUCCUGAAGAGCUAUGCUCUAUUUUCCCUCUGACACGUAUGACACAUGAUAUUACGACAUUAUCCUCGAACAUUUCCGACUUUAUUCUCGUAAUAUUACUACUAGCAGAAGUAAUGUUAUUACGACUUUUGUUCUCGUAAA